AUGUCAGACCUCCUGUCUCAGCUCCUGGCUUUCAAAUCCAGAAUCAGAAGCGGGCCUUCCGUGGCGGUCAGAAGAGCAGUUACCCCCAAGCCUCUGAACCAGGACACCCCCCUGGCUCCUCCAACGCCCCAGACCAACGGGUCCAGUGGCAACGGCAGAAAAAGAUUAGCUGAGGAUUCGUUCCAGUCUAUGAAGAAACACAGGCUGAACAUCAGCAUGUCGGGCUCCCACCUCUCGACAAGACUCCACUUGGCAGUGGAGUAUAUCAAACAGCAGGAUAAACCCGUGGCGAUCGACAAGCUCGAGAGCUACUUGGGCACGGAUGUAACGGAGGCGUUGCUUCCGUUGUUGAAGGAGAUUGACCGGAUCAAGUACGACCCUGCCACCGGCACCUUGGAGUACAUGUCUCUCCACAACAUUCGUACCGCAGACGACUUGCUAGACUUCCUCCGUCUGCAGCCCACUUUCAAGGGCACACUGGUCAAGGAGCUCCGGGACGGCUGGUCCGGGUGCAUGGAGGCGAUCCAGACCCUUGAGGAAAGCAACCGAAUUCUUGUGCUUCGUAACAAGAAGGAGAAUUCGCCUAGGCUCGUGUGGGCCAAUUUGGGCGGUGAAAUCGGCACGUUGGACGACGAGUUUGUGGAGAUGUGGAACAAGAUCAAGAUUCCCGAGCCAGAGAACCUUUACCAGGCUCUUGUCGACCAGUCGUUGAAACCCACAGGUGCCGAUCCAAACAUCGUGACCAAGAAGCCCAAGCGUGAGGAAAAGAAACAAAAGAAGGCCCGCAGAGGCAAGAUCACCAACACCCACAUGAAGGGUAUCUUGAAGGAUUACUCGCAGCUCGUUUGA